AUUACUAACGGGUGUAUAUAUAUUAUGAAUGCAUACCUGUGAGUUACACUACUAUCAUUAUCAAUUGAUAAUGGCCUUCAAACUAUUACUAACUGACAGCGACAGCGACGGUGGAGAACAUAUACAGGAGCAGAACCACCGGCCGGAGAUCUCAGCGGGGGGAAGCUGGACCGAUGGCGACAACAGAAGUUUGGUUUGGCGUUGGUGGACUUGAACGAUGACUGCAACUGGAGCUAGCUGCCCUCGGUGAAGAACGCUUCCGGAGGAUCGCAGUCGGAGAACUCAACGGGAGGGACAGACGGAGAACUCAUCGGGAGGGACGGUUCGCCUGCUUGCGAGAGGAAAAAGAAAAAGACAGUGGGAGGGACGGUUCGGACGCUUGCGGGAGGGAAAAGAAAGAGACGUGGGUAUAUACAUCACUAGGGUUACGGUUUUUAAUUUAAUUGUAAUUCCCUUAAUAACCCUAACAACUAUUUAACUAAUAACUCCCCACUAACUAUCUAAAAUUGAAUCCGUCAAUCACAACGCUUUAAGAUCCUCCUUAAAAAAGAGGGUUUAAGGACCUGAACCUAGGCCAAGGCCGGAGCAUCUUCCUCUCCUUCAUUCCCCUGUUCCUCAUUCCCUUCGAUUUGCUCGUCUUCUCUGCAAUUGAUCUUUACCCCCAACUCUGAUUCCUAACCCAGUUCCUGAAAUCGAAUUGGAAGUUGAAUCGGCCAUCUGGGACUGGGGGGAAGGCUAGCUUCAUGGCGGUGACGGAGCGCUGAACAGCGGCCAGUUCAGUAGAGAGAGAAACUAAAACAUGCAGCUGAGUUUGCAGAGGUGGUUCGGAUCCGGAGCUUCCCAUCAAUUGGUGGAAACAAUCUGUCGGCCGUUAAUGAAGUUGCCAACGAGAUCGUCGGCUGUCAUCUUCCCCGUUUUGUUCCUCUUCGGCGGCGCGUUGAUCUCCACUCGCCUCCUCGACUCCAAUGCGUUCAGCGGUUCAGCUCGGGAACUGGAGCCGGGGAAGGCUCUAACAGCCAGAAGAAUCAUGCUUCCAGACAAAAUCCCGAAAAAGCAUCUCGAGAUUCCACUGGACUGCACUGCACUCAACCGCACCGGAACCUGCGAUCGCCGGUGGCUCACCAGAGUCCGUUUUCUGUCGCUGAUGUUCGCCAAGUCCUGCAGAACACAAUUAAUACGGUAGUUAUUGAGAUUAAAACCACUUGUCCUCAAGUUGGUUACAAGGCUUUACGGCCAGAAACGACAAUCGCCGGAAAAGCCUUAAUUGGGCUAAUAAAUCGUCUCCUUAAUGACGAGAUAGAGCGCUUUGAGCCUCUAAUAAACAGAGCCUUUCAAGGCUGCUGCGUUCGCCAGCAUAAUGGGCGUAAUCUAAUGAUCCUUUCACUAAUCAACCCAUUAUUUUUAGAAUAAUUAGCCCAUCAAUUAUUGGGCUAGUGUAGUAAAAAAAAAACCCAGUGUGUAUUUUAUCGCUGGGAUUUGAAACAAGGAGUAAUUGGGUGAUUAAUUAAGGGAUUUACUUACAUUUCCUUCUUUGUCCCCUUUUCAUAUUAAUUGGGACCAAUGGAUAAUUAUGAAAUUAAUUGGUUUCAUAUUAAUUGUGCUCAGAUUCUUCAUAUGACAAUGCCUCAAAGUCAUACUUUCCACAGUAGUGGCCCUUCAAACUCGUGGAGUAAACUGUCUUAACCGAUGGCCUGGCUGCUGGAGACAUCGAGAAAGCAUUGAACAUUUAUUAUUCAGAUGCCCCCUAGCCAUCAGAUUGUGGACUUUAGUGGGAUUGAGCAACUUUAUUGAGACCGCCCAGACUGUUAACUUUAGUCUAUGGUGGCGACAUGUCAUGGUCUCCGAGACCUCCCCAUUCCACAUUCUCCAAUGCGUCCGUUUACUUUGGAGAAUCUGGAAGUCUAGAAAUAAAGUGACCUUAGAAUUUAUCCAACCUCAUGUGCGUUCCCUAGCCAGACAGUUCUACAUCCAGGUCCUCGAAUCUCCAGUCUUCUUCUCCCCCCCCCUCCCCGCAGCUCUCUACCUUCCUGCCACCAUUUGAGUCCCUCCACCAGAAGGCUUUUUGAAGAUCAACGUCGACGCAGCUGUUUGUGCCUCCGGGUGCUCGUCUGGGCUUGUUAUCCGUGGGUCAGACGGGCAUGUGAUGUUGGCGUUCGGGUUUCAGCAUCAAGGAAUAGUCAACCCUUAUUUGGCAGAGCUUCUAGCUUUCAGGAAUGCUAUCUCCUUUGUAGCCUCAAGAUCCUUGACCCACGUGAUAGUCGAAGGUGAUUCUGAAGUGGUCGUCAACCAAGCCCGUCAAGGCGUCUUAAAAGACUCGAUUGGUGGUCCGGUGUUACGAGAGUGUCUUCAGAUCCUUAGCUCUUUGUCUGUUUGUAUAGAGUUUAGGGCGGUACCUAGAUCCGCCAACAGUGCUGCCCAUAGAGUGACGCGUAAAGCCCUGCUUUUGCCUCGUGUAGAGCUAGAAUCUUUUGAUUUUUUGGGACGACUUCUUUAAAGUAUUUUAGGGGGUCCUGAAUAGAAUUGUAAGCUUAAC